GCCCAGAGUAUGGGCAUCCCAGAGAAACUGACCAGGGAUAUGGGAGUGAGCGCCAUGGAUCAGAAAUUUUUCUGGGAAGGUUUAGUGGCCUUGCUGCUUCUUCAGGAAGGAUCUGCCUACAAACUGGUUUGCUACUUUACCAACUGGUCACAAGACAGGCAGGAACCAGGGAAGUUCACCUUUGAGAGUACUGACCCCUUCCUAUGUUCUCACCUCAUUUACUCAUUUGCCAGCAUCAGUAACAACAAGGUCAUCAUCAAGGACAAGAAUGAGGCGAAGCUUUACCAGACCAUCAACAAUCUCAAAACCAAGAAUCCCAAACUGAAAAUUCUCUUGUCCAUUGGAGGGUAUCUGUUUGGUUCCAAAGGGUUCCAUCCCAUGGUUGAAUCUUCUUCAUCAACCUUGAAAUUUGUCAACUCUGUAAUCCUAUUUCUGAGGAAUCAUAACUUUGAUGGACUGGACAUAAGUUGGAUCUACCCAAAUGUAAAAGACAACACUCAUUUCACUGUGCUGAUUCAUUUAGCAGAAGCUUUUCAGCAGGACUUUGUAAAAUCCACCAAAGAAAGGCUUCUCUUGACUGCAGGAGUUUCUGCAGGGAGGCAGAUGAUUGACAACAGCUAUCAGAUCAAGGAAUUGGCAAAAGACCUGGAUUUCAUCAACCUCUUGUCUUUUGACUUCCAUGGGUCUUGGGAAAAGCCCCUUGUCACUGGCCACAACAGCCCCCUGAGAAAGGGGCAGCUGGACAGACAGACAAGCUCCUACUACAACGUGGAGUAUGCUGUGGGAUACUGGAUAAAGAAGGGGAUGCCUGCAGAGAAGGUGGUCAUGGGCAUCCCCACGUAUGGACGUUCUUUUACACUGGCCUCUGCAGAAACUGCCGUGGGGGCCCCUGCCUCUGGUCCUGGAGCUGCUGGCCCCAGCACCAAGUCUUCAGGUUUCCUGGCUUAUUAUGAGAUCUGCCAGUUCCUACAAGGAGCCAAUAUCACAAGGCUCCAGGAUCAGCAAGUUCCCUAUGCAGUCAAGGGGAACCAGUGGGUGGGCUAUGAUGAUGUGGAGAGUGUGGAGACCAAGGUUCAGUUUCUAAAGAAUCUAAACCUGGGAGGGGCCAUGAUCUGGUCUAUUGACAUGGAUGACUUCACCGGCAAAUUCUGCGGCCAGGGCCCCUACCCCCUUGUUCAAGCUGUCAAGAGGAGUCUUGGCUCUCUAGAAAGCUGAGAGUGUGGCUGACCAACCCGGUUUGCUGACAUCAUCUCAGUGGAAGAGCGGGACGCUGGAAAUCACUGCAGACAGACAACUGGAGAGGACUGGCCAUAUUGUCCUGGAGAAGGGCCCAGAGCAGUGCAAAAUUUCCUAAACUAUAUGAUUGGGCAGCAGCCUUUCAACUCUGAACAUCUAUGUCUUAGUAACUUGAAUGAGGCCUUAUGUUACUGAUUGGGCUUUGAAAUACUUUCUUUUGUUUGCAGGCUUAACUCAUAGCUAAGUAGGUAAGGUGACCUUGCUGUGUACUCCUGCUGCAGGAAUUCAUGUGCGGGAUUCUUAGAGGUUAGAUGUCUCUCCUCAGGAUGUCUCUUCUCCAAGUCUCCCCUUGACUUUCUCUCAGACCUCAGACUGGGUCUGGCUUUGUUCUCCUGCAGCUGCUGACUGGUUCCCUUGAGGCACAAUAAAGAAAAAGCAUUUUGUUCCAGCCAGUGUGGUCUCCUUUGUGCAAUCUUGGACCUCGUGGUAUAAGGCUGUCCUCUCCCACCAUUUAUGGCUACAAGUGUAGGCCUGCAUAUCAUAUGUCUAAAUAUUUAACAGCCAAGGGUUAAAAUAUGAUUUAUACUCUUAACAAAUAUGAUUUUGCAAUGACCCAAAAGACCAGGUUUGAAUUUAGAAUUCCCAGACUCCUCAAAAUUCUGUGCCAGAAUGCAGCAGCUUGUGGCCUUGGUUGCAAGCCCACUGGUAGCCCCUUUCCCUUCCCAUCUAAAGCCCUGACUCAGAGGGCAAGGACCUCACAUACACACUGGCAGAUGUUGGUGGAAGGGGAAGUUGUUAGGGGAAACAAUGACUGAAACUGCCCAUCCUGCCAGGCACUAUAGUAACCAUUUGCAUGAGUUAUUUUACAACAGGAGGUCCUGGUAAGGAACAUGGAACUAACAAGCCAUCACCAACUGGAAGAAUUCAAGAAAACUCAAAAGGAGACUCCAUGUGUCCUACCACCUCCCAGAACCCUCACUGAAAUCCAUCUUGGCUGAGCAAUGCAUGUGCCACCAAGAAGCACCCUGAUUCAGAGGGAGUGGCUGGAAACAACCCAGAAACUAACCCCAUCCCCAUAAAACCCGAGACUGAGGGACAUGUGGAAGAGCAGCCCCGCUGGGUUCCCCUUACCUUCCUGCUCUCUACCUGGGUGCCUUUCUCCAAUAA